UCCCUGCCUUCCCUUGGACAGGAAAGCAGCAGCUCUCAGGAAAGAGUUAAUCCCGGCGAGCCUUUGGGAUCCUUUGCUGGGGAGAGGGCCGAUCUUUUGUUUGUUUUGAGGCUGCUGGCAGGAAAGUGGGGAGGAGAAAAUUACCUAAGUGAUAGCGAGGUUGCCAUGAACUGUAUAAAACUGGGAAAUCAAAGCCGAGAAACUCCACCUCGCUGUCCUGAAGCACAAGCACAACCCCUGAAGAGAAACCCACCCCACAAGUGAGUGAUCUCAAAGGCUUGAACUCCAACCAAGCUGCAUGAGCUCAGAGCCGCUGCAGGGCUGAGGAGCCCGGCGCUGUCCCGGCCGGAUCCCGCUGCACUGGGAGCAGGGAACGCGGAUUUUGGGAACUCUCCCAGCCAUGAAGUGGAAGCAGCUCCUCUGCAUCGCCGUCUGCCUGCUGGAGCUGAGUGGCUGCGCUGCUGAGAGCACGACAGACGCUCCCACCCCGACAGGCACGGCCCUGGGAGCCAGGGACGCCAGCAGUGCCGCAGCCACCACUGCCACCGCUGCCACCGCUGCCACCGCUGCCACCACGGCCACGGGACACAGCAGCAGCGCCAAACCAACCUCUGCUGAAGCCUCAGCCGGGUCCGUGGCCACCAACCUGACAUCACCAGAGCUCUCGGGGCAGCUGAGGACGAGCCCCCAGCCCAGCGCCGCCCCCACAUCUCCGCCGGGCUCCUCCCUGGAGCCUCACGGGAGCCCGGGGGUCUCCACAACGCAGAGCCCCCCGACACAGCCCCGGGACACCUCGGGCUCCACAGUGGCCGGGAGCAGCUCUGCGGCCACCGCGCAGCAUCCUCCUGCCACCGGAGCCGGGGACAGCGCCCAGGUGAGUGCGGGGCUGGCCGGGGAGGCCGGGCUGUCCCGCAGCCCCCCGCCGGGCACCGCCAGCACCGCCGCGUCUUCUCCCUCGCAGGGUCCCCUCCCUGCCAUCGGCUGCCACGGUGCCAGAGAUGAGGGGGACACCGGAGCCGUCUGCCUGCAGCUCAACGCGUCCCGCACCUGCGAAGACUUUUUAGAGAGGAAGGGGUUGGAUUUGUGGGGAACAAUAUGCGAAAACAGAACCCACACCGUGGCCUCCCCCUGCGAGAUCAAACUGACUCCAUCCAGCCUGGACAGGGAAUGUUUGCUCCUCAUCCUCAAAGGAGAGAAAGAUCCUGACAAACUUCUGAACGCGCUCCCCAAGUCCCACUGGGAAAAGCUUGGAAUAGAAUCGCUUAAAAAGGAGAGUGCCAGGAGCCCCCGGGAGCCUUCUCAGAAGACCCUGAUCGCCCUGGUCACAUCUGGGCUGCUGCUGGCGUUCCUGGGGCUGGCUGGAUAUUUCCUGAUGAAGCGGCGCAGCUGGAGCCCCGCGGGAGAGAGGCUGGCUGAAGACCCCUACUACACGGAGAGCGGCAGCCAGGGGAACACCAUGCUGAUGACGCCCUCGCAGGAGCCAGCGGAGCCGCAGGAGAAGCCAAACCUCAACGGGGGCACCCAGGAGAACGGCACGGGCCAGGCGGGCUCCAAGAACGGCCACUCGGGCCGGCAGCACAGCCCCGCCGACACCGAGAUGUGACCGCAGCCCGGGGCCGGGGCAGCGCCGGGCAGGAGAUCUCUGCGGACAGACCGGGAAUUGCGAUCCGUCUGUACUGUUGUUAUUGUCUCCGGGAAGAACUUCAAAAUCAGCCGAAAGCAUCGAGGGGCAGAGCUGCCAAAGAGCAGCUUCGCUGCCGCCUCCUCCUCCUCCUCCCGCCGACCACACAGGACACUUUUCUGCAGCUGUUCUCUGCUUUUGUUGUUAGAGGAACAUCUGGACAAACGCGAGUGCCCUCAGCCCUCCGCAGCUCCCAGGCAGAGGCAGAGCUGGACUCGGAGCAGCCCAGGUUUCUGGGAGCAAUAUGUUAGGCUGACUAAAGUAGUUAAAUUGGGACUGCAGCGACAAAAGCCUCUCAGGUUUCAGAUAGUUUUUGGCUAACAGAGUUGUUUAUAACCUCAUCUCUAUGUUUUAAGUGCAGGACUUCUUCCUUUUUCUGAGACCAUCAGGUAUUUAACCCCUUCCUGUGCUUUAGGGCUCCUCUACUGUUUCCUACUCCAGCAGAAUUUGCUGAAGCUCUGUAAAAUUUUCCACGUGGAAUUGAAGGCUGAAAUGCCAACUUCUUUCUCUUUGAAUCCUUCCAGGACUGUGUCCUGAAGUUUUUUUUUUUUUUCUUUUUUUUAGAGGAAAAAAUCCUUCCCCAGCCUCGUCCUGCCGGAGGCUGGGGGUUGUGAUGGACAGAGCCAACAAUUCAUCCCUUGAGUGAGAUGGAGAACACUGGGCAGGGCUCCCUGGGUGUCUGGGGCUGGCACCUGGGGCAGGAAUUUGGGCACCAGAGGUGCCAAAGGGCUCCCAGAGGGAUGAGGGGGUGACAAAACCCCGGCUCUGCGAUGGGCGUUCCUGUCUCUGCAGCAGCAGCAGGGACACGAACAACGAGCAGGGAUUUGGGAAGGACCAAAUCCCAGGGGCAGGAGCAGGGGCAGGAGCAGGGGCAGGGGCAGGGGCAGGAGCAGGGGCAGGGGCAGGAGCAGGAGCAGGGGCAGGAGCAGGAGCAGGAGCAGGAGCAGGGGCAGGAGCAGGAGCAGGAGCAGGAGCAGGAGCAGGAGCAGGAGCAGGAGCAGGAGAAGGAGAAGGUCUGAGCCCUCUCUGCGCUGCUCCUGCUCCCCAGGGAAGCGCUGCUGCAGCCACAUGCAGCUCCCAGCAGCUCGGUGGGAGCCAGGGAGCCAGGGCAGGUUUGUCCCCAUCCCAAGCAGAUUUUUAGGGAGCCAAAGCCCUGAUGGUGCCAGACAGGAGGGGUGGUGGUUCAACACGAGCACCAGCAGCGACCUCCACACCCAAAACAAGCCCCCAAAACGGCCCUUGAAGCUGGUCUACCCUCUCACGAGUGAAUUCAUCCCAACCCUCUCUCAGUGCUGAACACCUGAGGGAAAGGGUUUUGUUGUUGUUGUUGUUGUUGUUUUUUCUGGUACAGUGCUCAAAGCAAUGACAGCAGCAUCCAUCACCACCUGGGGCUGUUCGUUGUGGGUGCAAGAGUCGCUCAAACACAAUUAAAAUAUUCCAGGCUGUUUGCUUUGGUGCGAAUUGCUUCUCCCAGAUCUCAUUGUAAAUAAUCCCGGUUGAAAAAAAAAAAAAAAUUAAAAAUAAAAUAAUA